CAACGAUCUGCGCGUUGUCGCCGCGGCCCGAACCUUAAAUUUCUGCGGCCAGACUCCACCCGUGACUUCAACAUCCUCCCUGCGCUUGCACAUCGGAGUCAAAACACUCCUCAUUCCAUCUCUCCCGGUCGUCGCAUCAUCUUCCCCAUCGGAGUGGCACCCGACCUCCUCAUGCGACCAUCAUGGGCCUCAUAACCAAGGCCAAGGCGCAAAAGACCGAUGCCGCAGCCCCCUCGUCGGCCGGGGGCGGGGUGAAGUACAUUUGCAACGUCUGCAGCAGCGACAUCACCAGCACCGUACGCAUCCGCUGCGCCUCCAAGCAAUGCCCGGACUACGACCUGUGCGUCACGUGUUUCGCGGGCGGCAAGGCGAAUUUGCACCACGAUCCGCGAUCGCAUCCCUACUCCGUCAUCGAGCCGCACAGUAUCCCCAUCUUCGACGACGGCUGGGGCGCGGACGAGGAAUUGUUACUGUUGGAGGGCGCGGAACAGUAUGGCCUGGGCAGCUGGGCGGAUAUUGCGGAUCAUAUUGGGGGGUAUAGAGAGAAGGAUGAGGUGCGGGAUCAUUAUGUGAAGACAUACCUGGAGUCGGAGCUUUUCCCGCUUCCCGAGAGGGCGAGCCCGGGCGACAAGCGGUUGAGUGACGAUGUGCCGCGGGAGGAGUUCCAGGCGAGGAAGAAGAGGAGAAUUGAUGGACGCAAGGCGGAGAUUGCAGAGGCGGCGAAGAAGGAUCCGGUGAUUGUGAAGACGACGAGCAGUGUGCCCAGCUGUCACGAGGUGGCGGGAUAUAUGCCGGGCAGAUUGGAGUUUGAGAAUGAGUACUUCAACGAGGCGGAAGAGGCGGUGCAGCAUAUGAACUUUUCGCCGGAGGAGGGCAUCAAUCCUGCCACGGGGCAAUUCGACCCCGAGACGGAGUUGAAGAUGGUCGUGAUGGGAAUCUACAACGACCGACUCACUGCGCGGACGGAUCGGAAGAGGGUCAUCUUCAACCACAAGCUACUGGAUUAUAGGAAGAACUUGGCGGUGGACAAGAAGCGGACAAAGGAGCAGCGAGACCUCAACUUGAAGGUGAAGCCGUUUGCACGGAUCAUGAGCCAUCCGGAUUUCACCACCUACGCCGAGGAUCUGGAGAAGGAGCAGAAUCUGCGCCAAGCAAUCAAUCAGUUGCAGGAAUGGCGGAGGAUGCGGUUGAGCACAUUGCAAGCGGGAGAGAAGUACGAGGGGGAGAAGGCGAGUCGAAUCGCGAAGUCGCAAGUCAUGGGCCAAUUCGAUCGCAUGGCGAGCACGAUUCGCGUCGGCAAGGCCGCGCCACCUCCCGAGACCUCGACAGCUGUGACGGAAUACACGACGAAAGAUCUCGCUGUGCGCCUGACGAAUGACAAGGCGUCGACGGGCCUCCCCACGCCUCCCUCCGGAGACAACGUGUCGCCCAAACGAGCACCGUUGCAGGCAAUCCCGAAUCUGACUCCCUUGCAAAUGUCCUCAGACACAUCCCCAGAUUUGCAGCUGUUGUUGCCGGAGGAGAAGGAUUUAUGCGGCAAGCUUCACGUCCAGCCCAAGGCAUAUCUCGCCAUCAAGGACGCGGUAUUCCGCGAGGCCAUGAAGAAUGAGGGCAAGUUGAAGAAGAAGCAGGUGCGAGAGAUGAGCCGGAUCGACACGACCAAGGGCGGGAGGGUCUUUGAAUUUUUCGUGGAUAUGGGCUGGUUGGGCAAUGCUGCCAAGAGUUGAUGAGGUUGGAUAUUCCAUAGCGGUAUACGAAGAUGAGCGUCUGCCC